GUGGCAUGCUACACUACACGACUAGUGUGUGCAGUGCAGUGUCGACAUGCAUCGGCAGGGUCCUCUGAGCCCUGGCGAUGAACCGAUAAAGCAAACCGUUUUUGCCACUCGGCUUUCAAUGUUGCGAUUUUGCGGGACACCUCCAGUGCGGUGUCGUGUGGUGAAGUCCGGAAUCUAUAUUGAUCGUCAGUUCCCCGUUUUGCCCAGUGUAAGUCGCUUGGAUGUGCGGUUUCCUAAUCAGGCAACCUCCAUGCUGUGCAGUCUUAGUCUAGACCGCAGGGUUCAUGGCAGGAUGGAUGCCCAGGGACAGAGAGAGGAAUACUUACCCGGCAGCUGGUGCGCUAGGAGCACACUUGCGACAAUGGCCGCACAGAGCCGCAGCUUGCCCAUGGAGAGCUCGCACACAUGCUUUGAGCAUGAAUUCAAUUUCCUGAUAAACUUGGCACAGGUGCAUGAUAUAUAGUCAGCUUGGGAUGUCGUAAACGAACUGGAUCAUGCCUGUGACUGUGGUCUGUAAGUUCGGGCAGAGGCAAAUGCAUCAAGUCACGGGUCAACUGCACUCACUACUGCAAACGCAAUCCUCGGAUUUUCAGCCUCUCAUCGUCUAAUGGUUUCUUUAAGUUCUGCCCGGCGAGGGUGGCUACUUCCCUGGUGAGAACCUGUCAAGAGGUUAACACGUCAGUCUGGCUUCGACGUCAUCGAGACUCGCGGGUAAACUAGUACCUAUAGAUGACAGAUACGAUACGUCUGUCGCGACCCUUUGAGACUCCCAGAUCCCAUCCAGUCAGUUAUGAGAACGGAACGCUCCUAGCCAAAAUGACCGUUGAGGCAAGCCACAGUCGGCCAAGGUCCGGCUGCAUCUGCCAUGAAAGAUCCAGGGCAAGAGUUAGGUUGGAUUGUGUCAUAUGCUCUCUACAGCCACGGCCAUGUGGAGCCACCCAUUUGGAGGCCCGCUUCUCUUCAUACCUCCAGUUACAAACAGCCAGCUAUGUCGACCUGACAACGAGUACCUAGGUACCUAGUAGUUGUAGCUGAAUAGAUGGGAAGAUUAGGUAGAGGUACAUACCUAGGUAGUAAAGGUGCUCUUGCUGAUAUG